AUGAACCACUGGUGCAUCCUCCAAAUCGCCCUCCUGUUGGGCUUCUCCACCACAGCUCUUCCCACGAGCUACAGCUUGCUUCGACGUCAACAAAGCAGCAGCAGUUUGGAGUGUCUGAAGCUCCUUCGGAGAUUGAAUGGGUGUCCUGAAUGUUGCCUCAAGGACAGGAUGAACUUUGAGAUCCCUGAGGAGAUUAAGGAACCACAGCAGUUCCAGAAGGAGCAUGCCACAUCGGUCAUCUCUGAGAUGCUCUGGAACAUCUUUUGUAUAUUCAGAAGCAAUUUCUCCAGCACUGGCUGGAAUGAGACCAUUGUUAAGGACCUCCUUGCUAACCUUGAUUGGCAGAUGGACCGUCUGGAGCCAUUCCUGAAGGAAAAAGUGAAGGAGAAAAGCUUCACCUUGGGAAACGAGAGCAUCCUGUCCCUGAAGAACUAUUACUCGAGGAUCAAGCAGUACUUGAAGACCAAGGAUUACAGCCGCUGUGCCUGGACAGUAGUCCGAGUGGAAAUCCUCAACAACUUUGUCAUCAUUAACAGACUUACAAAUUACCUCCAAAACUGA